GCGCUCGCCGACCGCGCAAGCUCUCGCCAGCAGUCGCACAUGUACGGUCGAGCUCCUCGGCAGGACAACGGCUACGGCGCACGGGCGGCCCAGGGCGCGCAGCGCAGCCCUCAGGGCUACGGCGGCGGUCCUCCCACCGGUCCGCGCCACGCCGGGCUCGGGUCCGUCGGCGCACCCUCAUCCCUCCCUGGCCGCCCCUCGAACCUCCCGCCGACGCCGAUGGGCGCAGCAGCCCCGCCCGGCACCUCGCCACCCGUCGAUGGAGGUGCGGCAGGCGCGCUCGGCAUGCAGGCGGCGGCGCAGGGCGAGCGCUUCAGCUUGUUCGUCGGCACCAUCGUCGACGGCCUCGAGAACGCCUGGCUCGAGCGCAUCCUCGGUGUCGCUGGUCCCGUCCUGUCGUUCCGCCGCCCGGCGCCCUCCAUGGCGUUCGUCGAGUUCGGCGACGCCGAGUCGGUCCUGCGCGCGCUCGAGGUCGUGCACGGCGCCAACAUCAAGACGAAAGCGGGAGCCGAGAAGGCGCUCCUCGUCAAGGCCGACGAGAAGACGAGGGGUCGGCUCGACGAGUACGAGAAGGAGCGCGUCAAGGCCGAGAACACGGACGACCUGACCGAGCAGGCCAAGGGCGACCUCGCCAACAUCCUCACCCGCAUCGCCAACGGCGACCCGGUCACGGCGCACGACGACGACCCCAACGCCGACCCGGCCGACCGUAAGCCCCGCAUCCCGCAGCACCUAAAGGACCUCGCGCCCGAGGACCUGCCCGAGAGCCACCGCGACAGCACGCUCAGCUCGAUCGCCUCGUUCCGCCAGGCGGCGCAGAAGAAGGCCCAGGCCAAGCACGACCUCGACCGCCAGAUCGAGGAGCGGCGCCAGGCCGCCAUCGCCGAGAGCGUCCGCCUGCAGCACCAGCCGGCGCGACACGGCCCUGCCGGCUCGCCGCCUCUCGCCGCCUCGCCGGCGCCGUCGAGCGCAACCGCGGCGGCGCAGGACCCGCAGAGCUUCAACCGCCCGGUGGCGUUCGUCGCUGGGACGAGCAGCGGCGCGACGGCGCCGCUCAAGCCCCUGUCGGAGCUGGACGACGCGCGGCAAGAGCGGGACCGGGCAGAGCGCGAGUACCGCCAGGCCGAGGGCGUGUUCCGGGCUCGCGAGCGGCAGUUCGAGGCUCGCGAGCGGGCACGGAUCGCGGCGUGGGAGCGGGAGCAGGCGCGCGAGCGAGGUGCGGCAGAGCAGGAGGAGCGCGACCGGGCGUACAUGGCGGACCGGCUCGCCAGGUGGGACGACGAGCACGAGGCGGAGCGCGGCCGAGAGGCGUUCUACACCGACCGGUUGCGGUGGCGGGCUCAGCGCCGUCCGAUACGUCUGCGCGAGCAGGAGGCAGACGAGCGCGACCGGGCCCUCGAGGCGCAGCAGCUCGCCGCGCUCGAGGCCCAGUCCGAGUCGUUCCUCGCCCAGCACGUCGACCUCCUCGCGUCGUCGCUCCCGACACCCGUCACCGCCGGCGAGCCGGGCACGGGCGGCUCGUCGACGCCGCUCGCCGUCAAGCUCAACUUUAGCGCCGCUGCGCCUAAACCCUCUGCGGCCGAGGCGCCGAAACCUCGUCCGACGGCCGUCACGCUCCUCGAGGACGACGACGAGUCGCAGCGCAAGAAGCGCGCCCUGAUCCCGCUCGAGUACUCGGACGACGAGGGCGAGGACCGCCCGAGGUUGUCGCGCGGCGAGGCCGAGCGCAAGGCGAGCGAGAUCGAGGCGCGUGUCCCGGCCGACAAGGAGGGCCUUUGGGCAUGGAAGGUGCGGUGGAAGCGCCUGAGCGAGGACAUGGUCAAGGACAAGAUCGCGCCAUUCGCCAACAAGGCCAUCGUCGGCUACCUCGGUGCCGAGGAGCCCGAGCUGCUCAACGUCGUGCGCGAGUACCUGCGCGACCACAAGGCGGCGCAGGAGCUUCUCGACGAGCUCGAGCCUGUCCUGGACGAGGACGCGACCGACUUUGUCGUCAAGGUGUGGCGCCGGCUCGCCCUCGAGACCGAGUUCGCGCAUGCGGGCGUCGUCCUCUAGUCUCGCCAUGUACCACCACCAGUGCGCCUCGUCACUCCCUCUCUCUCUCUCUUUCCCUUCCUGCCUGCGGCGAGGGACCGAGGUGCAGCUUGACGUGCGUGCCCAGGAGCCAGCGAGAGGUCGCCGCGAGGUCGAUGCGACGGUGCGCCCCUGGCCUCUCUCUCUCUCUGUCUCUCUCCCUCUCUCGUACAUCGUCGACAGCAUGCCCUGCAACGUCCUCAACUCUCUGUGCGACC